AGAAGGCAGCUCGGGAAGAAGAAGAGAAGAAGAAGAAAGAGAAAGAAGAGGAGAAAAAACGAAAAAAAGACAAGCGAGAACGAGAAGAGAUGCACUCGGUAUUUGCCAAGGAAAUGAACUCCAGGCUGGACGCGAUCAACAGCGCGAUUGGUGGGAAGAAAGACAAGGAGGAUAACGAAGUUGAUAGACUAAGGGAAAAAAUCGAGCGAUUGAAGAAGAAUCAACGAACGAAUGAAGCAUCUACGUCAAUAACUGACAAGGAGGCUGUCACGAUGUUACAAAAGGAGAUCUUGAAUAUGCGAAAAGCAUCUGAAACAAGGUUUGGCCUACUGGAAGAUGAGAUUGCUAAGGAAAAAAGGUUGAGGCAGGAGGCGGUGGCCGACGCGGACGCAUGGAAGAGCGAGGCGCUGCGACCCGGGAACAAGAGAGGUAGUCUGGCCGUCGGGGCGUCUCCAGCCACGCAAGCGAGGGUGCGACCCAGGGUAACGCAGACAUCAACUCCUGAAGGUACAAAAAGGGUGGUGGAUGAACAUUAUAAGAGUGUGGUCAAGUGCCACGGAAUGGAGGUUGACGUACUUCAGGAGAUGAGAAUGAACGAAGCUAAGGCCAAACGAGAUGCGGAGGAGGAGCUGGCGAAGGUGAGGGAAAAGCAGUUAGAGGAUGAGCGAGAAAUGGACAAACUCCGUGAGCGAAUGAGAACUUUGGAAGUCGAGAGAGGGUGUCAGGGGCCGGUUAUAAAUUUAAAACAGCAGUUGGACGAGGUGGUGGAUAGUUCGUUAAGAAAGACCGAUAGGAUGAAGAAGUUUGUUAGUCCGGCCGGUCAUGUCAGCGAGAGAGAGAAGUUUCUGAGGAAAGCGAGGAAGGAUUUGAAAAUUUUGAAGAAGGAAGAGAUUCAAGGCAUUUGCGACAAGGAAGGAGUCACGUACGAGAAACUGGGUGUUACAAGAGAAGAGAUAGCUAAGUUACAAACAACGUGAGAGUUUGAGGAAGAAAGAGGGAAGGGCAAGCAAGCACUCGUGCACGACGUGUCGGAGGAUGGCGAAAAUGACCCGAUU